GAAGGGAUGGGCGGGCAGGGAUUGGCCAGAGCGGCAACUGGUGGCUGCGGCAGGGAUUGAAAUGCCUACAGUCGGCGGUGGAGUCGCCCUGCACAUGGCUUGCUUCCUGGCUUUCUUCUCCCGACGAGCAGCCAGCACCCUCGCAUCCCUUCGCCUCAUCUCGUCUCUCUCCGUACUCCAUGGCUCUGAUACAAGGGAGGAGCCAGCGGCGAUGGGCUAAGCAGGUGGCCGGAUAAUGGAGCAAGUCACGGAGGCGGAGGCGGAGGCGGCGGAGGGCCGAUGCCGGGGGAGGAGGCGGCGGAGGUCGCUCGAGGGGGACGAGAGGGAGACGUGGUCCGGCAAGGUGGACUUCCUCCUCUCCGUCAUCGGCUUCGCCGUCGAUCUCGCCAACGUCUGGAGAUUCCCAUACCUUUGCUACAAGAAUGGAGGCGGAGCUUUUUUAGUCCCGUACUGCAUCAUGCUUUUCAUAGGAGGGAUUCCACUAUUUUACAUGGAGUUGGCUUUGGGGCAGUUUCAUCGGAAAGGGGCCAUUACAUGCUGGGGCCGAAUCGUUCCCCUCUUCAAAGGAAUAGGUUAUGCAGUGGUGUUAAUCGCCUUCUACGUGGACUUUUACUACAACGUUAUCAUUGCCUGGGCCUUGCGAUUCUUCUUCGCCUCCUUCACAUCUUUCCUCCCCUGGACGACCUGUGACAACCCCUGGAACACGCCGCAAUGUCGAGAGUUGAAUAUUAUGUGGGAACGAGACACGGACUUAAGUUUGAUGGGCGAAAACACAUCUUAUGGCUUCAGGAUAUCCAACUUCAGCGCAUUUGACUCGAACAGCACGGAAAUUCAACUCAAUUCAGCUGCCGCUGAAUAUUUCAACCGCGUCAUACUGGAGAUGCAACAUAGCGAGGGGUUACACGACCUGGGCUCCGUGAAAUGGGACAUGGCCAUUUGUCUCCUAAUAGUUUACUUGAUUUGUUAUUUCAGUUUGUGGAAGGGUAUUUCAACAUCAGGAAAGGUUGUUUGGUUCACAGCUUUAUUUCCAUACGUCGUUUUGUUCAUUUUAUUUCUGCGAGGGAUCACUUUGCCAGGCUCUGCUGAUGGGAUUCGCUAUUAUCUCAAUCCUAAUUUCUCCAUGAUAACAAAAGCUGAGGUUUGGGUGGAUGCUGCCACACAAGUUUUCUUCUCGCUUGGGCCUGGUUUCGGAGUUUUACUCGCUUAUGCCUCCUACAACAAAUACCACAAUAAUGUUUAUCAAGACGCGUUACUGACGAGCCUAAUAAAUUCGUGCACAAGUUUUGUCUCUGGAUUCGUCAUCUUCUCCGUGUUGGGAUACAUGGCCCACACCUCCGGGCAGCCGAUCCAGAAGGUGGCGCGGGAAGGGCCUGGUCUCGUUUUCAUCGUCUACCCAGCAGCCAUUGCCACCAUGCCCGGCUCCAUUUUCUUCUCCCUUCUCUUCUUCAUGAUGCUCCUCACCCUUGGAUUGGAUAGCUCGUUUGGUGGUUCUGAAGCAAUCAUAACGGCACUGAGCGACGAAUUUCCAUUGAUCGGCCGGAACCGGGAAAUUUUUGUAGCCAUUCUGUUUUCUAUUUACUUUCUUGUUGGAUUAGUUUCUUGCUCUCAGGGUGGAGUUUAUUUCUUCAGUUUGUUAGAGCACUACGCAGCAACAUAUUCAAUAUUGUUCGCAGUUCUGUGCGAGUCAUUGGCAGUAUCGUGGAUUUAUGGGACGCAGCGAUUCAGUGAUGACAUAAAGGACAUGAUUGGUUUUUCACCCGGUCUGUAUUGGAAAAUUUGCUGGCGAUUUGUAGCGCCAAUUUUUAUAACGUUCAUUAUUGUCUAUGGUUUUAUGGCCUUGGAUACAUUUAGUUACGAGAACUACAUUUACCCUGGAUGGGCAAAUUUGAUUGGAUGGUCAAUAGCGGGGUCAAGUAUAGCCAUGAUUCCCGGCAUGGCGUUGUAUCAGUUUUUAAUAACUCCUGGAUCAUGUGCGCAGAGGCUGAAAAUAUUGAUAACUCCGUGGAGGGACCACCAAACCGUUCUAGCACGACCGAUGUCCUUGAACGGAAUUGAAAGUGACUCUGCUCAAAUACGUUUGACCAGCCCGCAGGCUACGGAUUCUGUUUAAUCGAGUAAAAAAACACCACUACUUUGUCGGAAAAACGUCAUCGCUGCAAAA